AUGGACCCUGACAUGUCCGAGAUGACUGUGACGAACUCCAACCUCCGCCCCGACCGACAACCCCUCGCGGCCUUGUACAGCCUCAGCCUCGUCCUCGUCCUCUUACCCUCGCCCGUCACCCUCGACUUGGCCAAAAGGCCGACGAGACGAUUCACGCCCUGCUCCAGCCAAUCUGCCGCGGCUGAAUGCUGCCAAGACCAUUCUCGCCAUUUCUCGCCCUUGCAGGUAAGCGCAGAAGACGGCCAACCGCACACAAAGUCUGGAAUCCACUGCGUUUCCAGGCCCACCGGGGAAUCGAAUGAUCUCUGA